ACCGUAUUUAUAGUCACCGUGACAAAAGCGAUCGUGUGCGCGGUGUGUGCCUAAAUGGCGUUGGGUGUGCGUAUUUUUGGGUUUGGCCGAGUUCUAUAGCCUUGGGUUUAACAUCAAAUACUUAUUAACUCUGACGUAUUAAUUUGGUACCGUAUUAAUUGUUCCAAAUUCGCUAUGGAGGAUCACCUACGUAUCGCCGUGGAUCGUCUGGGAGACCCCGUCGUUCAAGAAACUCCGGGGCAGGGUGUGUUUCAAGCUGUCGAAGAGGCCAGGUCAUUAGUGAAUUCUACGUCAGAGACUGUACUGGCGGAAUGCCUGUGCUCGCCGGAGCUGGUGCUGCUGCUAGCCUCGGAGCACGGGCCGCUGUGUGCCGCCGCCGUCGAGCUGGUGACCGCCGUGGUGCGCCGGCUGGGCGGACGGGUCAGCGCCGCGCUCGACGACGCCGAGGGCUUCCUGGAGCUGCUGGACGAGCUCGUCUACAAGCUCUCCACCAUCAGCGACCCCAGCUGCGCUCGCGCCAUAGUCAGCGUGCUGAUGCUGAUGCUGGAGAACCACGCCGACGUUCUGGAGCUGGUCUGCCAGAAUUACCGCGGCAUCAGGCCCGUGCUCAAACGCUGGCACGGUGGCGGGUUCGACCUGCUCCUGCUCAAGUUCGGCGAUGCCGUUGUGUCAGGUGACCUGCAGCUGGCUGAGUCGGAACACCAGCGGCGGGCAGCCACCCUGAUACAGGCAGUGUACCGCGGCCACCGACUGAGGCGCCGACUAGCGGACGCCACCGGAACCAUCACCCGCCUGCAACGGAGAAUCAGGCGGCGCCAGCGGCGGGCGUUUCGUCAGCGGCUGCAGCAGCGUUGGGAGGAGACGGCCGCCUUCAGCAGCGCUCUGGAGCGGCAGCAGCGGCGGCGCGAGCACACGGAGCGGGUGCUGCGGGACGUGGCCCAGCUCAGCGCAGGUAAGGUCCCGGCGUUCCUGCGGACUCGCCGGGAGGCGGCGGCGGCGCGGAUCCAGGCCGCCUGGAGGGCUUACCGGGUGCGGCGGCGGCUGGCCGAAUGGCGACUCCAGCGGCGCCGGCAGCGCGCGGCGGUGACGGUGCAGCGCUGGUGGCGCCGCCGGCUCAUCGGCCUUAGGGUGGACCGGGCGCUGGGCGAGCCGCCGCUCGAGAUCACACUGCAGGAGGUGGAAAAGUACCAGCAGCAGAUCGACAGCGCUGUGGAGGCCGCCCGCGCGGCCGCCGGGCCGGACGCGCCGGUGCCGACCCGUGCCGAGCUGCAGCGGCAGCUGGCCGAGUGUGAGGCGGCGCUGGGCCGCACGGCCCGCCGGCUGGCCAGGGACGCCGCCUGCCGGCGCCGGUGCCGCCAGCUGCUGGCUCACUGUCAGGCGGUCUGCAGCACCAUGACACUGCCGGCUGACCAGGUACCCCCACACGAGUUCCGCUGUCCGGACCCGCGGCUGGCGGCGGAGGCGCGCCGGCUGCACCGGAUAGCCAUGGCGCGCGCCGCGGCUCCCUGGUGGGAACGGCUGGACGAGGAGCCGGACGGAUAUGGAGGACUGGGUCCGGAGGAGCGGCACGGAGGGAUGGCUCGUGAACACGGCUACGGAGGGGUGAGGAACGAUGCUUUAUACGGAGGAAUUGACCUAAAGGAUUUGUACGGGGCGGGCAAAGGUGAUUUGUUCGCGGGAGUGAGUCGUUGAGAUUGGUAUCUAUGCAGAUAUGGAUCGUAGGGGUGGUGAUGAAGAAAUGUGUCGUGAGAAUGGUAACGGGUACAAAUGGCCGUCAUCAUGCGUUUGUACUACGGAUAAACGAGAGGGAUCUAACUAGGCCGGGAUUGAGUCCUUUGGAGGGACAUGAAAUGGGCAGCUCCGUCGACCAUCCGCCGACCUUGUGAAGAGAAACCUGCCAUUUAGCUGCGGGAGAGAGUCUGGUGAGCGGUCAAUCCAAUCCGCACUCAAUCCGUUGUUUUUAGUGUCCAAGUUCUACAUCUCAGGCUCGAGCCCACACGUCCUUUGUCAAAACUGGUUUGUAUGGGAUGUGUUCUAGUCACUGUAUCACUGUCUCUGCCAGUCAUUUUUUGGUAAAUACAAAAUGGAAUAAACAAUA